GCCUCUUUCCCAUAUUGGCAAUAAAGACAACUGUACGGAAGUGGAACUUGGCAGCGCCUUAUAGCAGCAAUCUCUCGCAGGUUGAACUUUUCUCUUUCAACUUUGCUUUGCUCCCCGAACCUAGACGCAAUUAACAACGCCCCUUCAUUGAUUGAAGCUCAAUUCUAGAGCUAGGUUGAAGCUUCUCAGCUCUCCACACCACGCAGGUGUUGUAUCCACUAUAAAUCAACGGAGAUGCAUCACCCCACGUCACUUUGCGCCGUCGCAACGGCAAUAUUGGCAGCUCUCCCAGGUGCUCAAGCUGGCUUCUACCCGAAGGGUUCAAGCGUCCUUGAGAUCAGUAGCAAGAGCUACAAAGACUUGGUUGCCAAUUCCAACAAAACAACUAUACUUGAAUUCUAUGCACCAUGGUGCGGCCACUGCCAGAACCUGAAGCCAGCGUACGAAAAGGCUGCCAAGAACCUUGAUGGUCUGGCAAAAGUGGCAGCAAUCGAUUGCGAUGAUGAAAUGAACAAACCGUUCUGCGGCUCCAUGGGUAUACAGGGCUUUCCUACUCUCAAGAUUGUACGCCCGCCCAAGAAUAAAGGCAAGCCGCUGGUUGAGGACUACAACGGCCCGCGCUCGGCUGCUGGGAUUGUGGACGCAGUCGUCGAACGCAUCAACAACCACGUCAAGAGGGUGACGGAUAAGGACCUCGACGAGUUUCUCACCCAGACCGAAGGACCCAAGGCAAUUUUGUUUACCGAUAAAGGCACCGUUAGCGCACUCCUCAAGGGUGUUGCGAUUGACUUUUUAGAUGUCAUCAAGAUUGCGCAGAUCAGGAGCAAGGAAAAAGGGGCCGUCGAAAAAUUCGGCAUCGACAAGUUUCCCACCCUGGUACUCAUCCCAGGGAAGGGAGAGGAGCCAAUCAAAUAUGACGGCCCGGUGAAAAGGGCAGAUAUGGUGAAAUUCUUGUCUCAGGCUGGUUCGCCGAACCCUGAUCCGGCACCAGCAGGUACCACGAAGAAGGCGGACAAGAAGUCAAAGAAGGCUGGCACCAAGAAGGCUGAGGCCGAGGACACACCAUCUGCCGAGUCGGCCGAGUCAACCGAGACUGUCAAAACCCCUGUCAUCAUUGAGGCUGCGCCACCACUUCCCACCAUCCAUGACGCCAGCAAGUUGGCCAAGGAGUGUCUCAAUGAGAAAUCAACUACUUGCGUCCUCGCAUUCGUACCCGCCGAGGCCGAGCGCAGCAAGGAGGCUGAGGCUGCUCUUAACUCUUUGGCAGACAUUGUGCACAAGUACGCACAGGCUAAGCGCAAGUUGUUCCCCUUCUUUGCCAUCCCGAGCAGCAACCCUAGCAGCGCGACUCUCAUCAAGGCCUUGGAGCUCGGGGACAAGCCUAUCCAGCUUGUUGCCGUCAAUGCAAGGAGGAACUGGUGGAGGCAGCAUCCUGGUGAGGACUUUAGCGCUCAGGGCAUCGAGAACUGGGUGGACGCGAUCCGUAUGGGUGAAGGCGCCAAGAAGAAGCUACCUGAUGGUAUUGUAGUGGAGGUUGCGGAGGUUACUGGAGCUGAAGAAAAGGCCAGUACUGCCGGCGAGUCGUCAAGCGAGACCAAGGGCUCCGACCCUGUGCCAGAGCCUGAGACUGCCAAACCAGCUGAGACGCCUGCUGCUGGGCAUGACGAGCUGUGA